AUGCGUUCCUUGCCUCCCAGUGGCUCUAGGUGCUCAGAGGACGCAAUGACAUGGGUGCAAAUAGUAGGAACACGAGCGGACCAAGUGCACUUCGCGCCAAGACCCGAACGGUGUGGUCGGGGGGCUCCCGUCUCCUUCACGAGACCCCUGCUUUCGAGGCGUCGCCAACAGGCGUUGAUGGUGCGCUGGUGUCCAGCACGCCUGUGCGCCGGAAAUAGCAACGGUAAUCAGCCGAAAAAGACGCGAGCAAAGCAAACAUUCUCGCCACCACCGAGUACCUUUUACCAGGCCCUAAACCAAGCAGUGGAAGCAGUUUUAGCAGCAGUGGAGGCUGGAGAGCGUCUACUGGAGAUUGACUUCCCUCCAUUGCCCGCAAGUGUGCUGAAUUCGACCAGAUCUUCAUCGGACGACGUUAUUGACGCCAAUACGCGACUGGCGUUUGACUUUGCGAAAAUGCUUCAGGAAACAACGCGAGAGAGACGCAAUGGCCGCUCGACUUAUCAGCGAGUCGCGCUCAUCUAUCCCGACAUGAUCGAGCGUAACCGAGCCUUUGCGGGGGAUGCUGCCCCCAAGAAACCAGGCUCGGGGUAUGCAAAUCGCUUCGGUGAUACAGUCGGCACUGCGGACAGCCGCAUCCGGCUUGCUGCUCUGCGCGCGGGCUAUGAGGCUGGUAACUUUAUCCAGCGAAUCCUGCAAGCCAAUAUUCGCGACGGUGAUGCUGGCGAUCGUAUCGAACCCAUUUUGGAUGAUGACGAUAUUUUUAUCGUUCUUGGCGCCUCGGCGCAGGAGCUCGUGGACGUGGAAAAGUUCGUGCAACGUCUCGAAGAAACGGACAAAACGAGAGGCGACCAGCGACCCGUCAUUCUAUUCAAUAUGCAGCUGGAUACAUCACGUGGUGAUCUGGGCUUGCCUGCGUUUCCGUCUCGGAUGCUCCAUCACCGCUUUCUAUGUCGAUUCUUGCCCGUCUACUACUUGCGAACGCGCUCGUACUCGAGGUCGAUUUCGCGACCUCCAUUUGUUGUCAACUAUCAAGGCGCAAUAUUUAGGGUAUAUCCAGAGCCAUACCAGGUGCUUCUCGAGACCCAAGAGAAUCGUUAUCGGCAGGUUGCACAGUAUGCCACACGGCCGAGACUCACAGAGGCCAAGGAUGCCCUAACGAAGGCCGUAUUUCCACAACAGAACGAGAAAGAUGGUGGGUCAUUUGGUUUCUUGCGGCGAGGGAUGCAGACAGCGACCUGGUGGGAGCGUGCCUCCGACGACAGCUCUGUGUCGAACAAGUGGCGUCAGUAG